AAAACUAAUCCUAUUAAUAUACCAUAGCAAGAAAAUGUCUAUUUUAUUUAUAUGGUCUCACUAAAAAACACUAUCACCACAUUCACAUCAAACUCCGCCAAAAUGACGAGCACAACCGGCAUGAGCGGCGGUGCAACAUCACAAGGAAAUCAUUCAUUGGCGUUUCGAGUUAUGCGAUUAUGCCGUCCAUCUCUCCAUGUUGAAACGCCUUUUCUCUUCGAUCCUUCCGAUCUCCUUCUCGGCGAAGACGAUCAUUCUCUAUCUCUUCUUCCUUCUGAUUCUCUCUCUUCCGAUCUCUCUUUUCGCUCUCGUUAUCUUCUCUCUGAUCCUUCGCACGCUUCUGGACUCUCCGGUCUCCUCGUUCUACCUCAAUCCUUCGGGGCGAUUUAUUUGGGAGAGACGUUUUGUAGCUAUAUUAGUAUUAAUAAUAGUUCUGCAUUCGAAGUUCGUGAUGUUGUUAUUAAGGCAGAAAUUCAAACAGAGCGGCAAAGGGUACUUCUAUUGGAUACAUCUAAAUCACCAGUUGAAAGCAUACGUGCUGGAGGACGUUAUGAUUUCAUUGUGGAACAUGAUGUGAAGGAAGUGGGUGCACACACGUUGGUAUGCUCUGCUUUGUACAAUGAUGCUGAUGCUGAUCGAAAAUAUCUGCCUCAGUUUUUCAAGUUUAUUGUUGCAAAUCCGCUUUCAGUUAGGACUAAGGUUCGUAAUGUCAAGGAUCUCACUUUUUUGGAGGCGUGUAUUGAAAAUCACACCAAGGCAAACCUUUAUAUGGACCAAGUAGAGUUUCAGCCAGCGCAGAAUUGGGGUGCGACAAUGCUUACAGCUGAUAUGAGUCUUUUUGAGAAGAAUUUGGCUGGUGACAGAGAAAUCUUUAAGCCGCCAGUUUUGAUCAAAUCUGGAGGUGGAAUUCACAACUUCCUAUAUCAGUUAAAGUUGUCUUCACAGGAAUCUACACAAACGAGAACUGAGGGGAGCAAUAUUCUCGGUAAACUUCAAAUAACAUGGCGUACGAACUUAGGGGAGCCCGGACGUUUGCAGACUCAGAACAUCCUUGGAAGUCCUGUUCCUCGUAAAGAGAUUGAUUUGCAGGUGGUGGAAAUUCCACAAGCUAUUACUUUGCACAAACCCUUUAAGGUAAACUUGAAUCUCAGAAACCAGACAGAAAGAGCACUGGGGCCUUUUGAGAUUUGGUUUUCAGGUGAUGCCAAUGGUGAAAGAGCGUUCAUGGUUAAUGGCCUUCAAACUAUGGUUUUGCCAGAAGUUCGGGCUUCUAGUGCUACUGAAUUCAACAUGAUCCUGAUUGCAACUAAACUCGGAGUCCAGAAAAUCACAGGUAUAACGGUUUUUGACUCAAUUGAGAAGAAGACAUAUGAGCCACUACCGGAUUUAGAGAUCUUUGUUGAUAUGGAUUGAACGAUGUCACUAUUGUGAUGGAUGAAUUUUUACGUUUGAAUGGGCUCUUCGGUGACUCAAACAAGAUGAAACUAUGCUGAAGCAAAACUUGAGAAAAUUGCAUCGUGCUUUUAAGCAAGGUAGAGUGAAAAGAUUUCUCUCAACUUGAUUUAAUGAGCAAUCUGCAAGGUGUUGAGGCGUUGUGAAUCAAAACAAUUUCACGUUAUCUCAGUUUGCCUCGCCAAGAUUUUUUAGUGUUGUUUCAAAACCUAAUUGUAGUUUACCAUAACUUCAAUCAUUCACUGUUGACCCCACUAAACUCUAUUUAUAAAGCCAAGUGUUUUGAGUUGUUUGUCAAUAUACAAAUCUUUAUCCCA